UUAUUUCUUACAGGAGGCCUCAAAAACAGACGCAUUUACGCUAUGACGCAAUUUCCCGUCAUUCUCUACGGCUGACUGAAAGGACAUCAGAGGGCAAAGCGACGCUGUUGGCGCUCUUAAAGAUAUCUAAAACUAAAAACCUGACAACAUGGCCGACGCUAUUGAAACAAAGAUCAAGAACUACAGGACUGCUCCAUUUGACUCCAGGUUUCCCAACACCAACCAGACCCGUAACUGCUUCCAAAACUACCUAGAUUAUCACAGGUGCAACAAGGCCCUGUCAGAGAAGGACCAGGACACAUCCCCCUGUGACUGGUACCAGAGGGUGUACAAAAGCAUCUGCCCCUCAGGAUGGGUGAACGGUUGGGAUGAAGGCAUUGAGAGCGGCAGUUUUGCAGGAAAAGUUUAAAUGUAGCACCUCCGACCUGGACAGUCGACUUAAAUUAUGUGACACCCUUCCGUACUGUGCCUAAGGACAUAUUCAACCAUUACACAGACACACUACUCUUGUUCUGUUACCGUAAAAUUUGAACCACGCACAACUUUUUACUGUCAAAACAUGAAAGGUUUCUCAAGUCCUUUUUUAAAUGAAUAUUGUUCACAAUAAUUCCAAAUCCAUAAAAUGGUCUUAUAAAUGUUUUGCUAGACUGAAAACAAAUAAAAGAUGAUUGACUCUA